CUUCGAGGCCAGAAGAUUGGGUAUUCUCAAGAUCUUACAUUCUACUCCUUCCGCCGGCGUGCAGCUACCGAUCUCACUCGCAAGAUUGGCGGUGACGCUGCACGUUCCCUUAUGAACCACGAUCCUGAUUUCCGUACGCUCGAAAAGUACUACCUAUCGUUGGAAGACACGCUAGAUGUCAGCGGUCUGGCUUUAGAUGAGGUCGACGGUGAUACGGGUGGCCAUACAGAGGAAAUGCUUAAAAGUGGCCAUGACUUGGCUAUCCACGUCCUUACCGAUGAGAGGGCCAGAAAGAUCCACGGGCCAGCCCUCAACGCGUUGAUGAGCCAAAUGAUGCUCGGUGGCGAGAACUACCCGGCUCUCGCAUCCGCCAAAGAGCUUCGAAACUACAAGCGAGUGGUUCUUCGAGCCGCAAUCAAGGCUCUUCUUGCUCAGGAGGUCCAGGAUCAACGUCGUGAGAUGAGUCAAACCGACUAUAACGAGCGCGUACGCCGCCUGGAGAGAUCGCGCCUUGGUGAACUUGUUCUGAAGAAGGCCCGGCGGAAUUUAGCAGCUCCCGAGCCUAUUGAUGAAGGUGAAAGCCCAAGUGAUGAACCUCCUACUGCGGUGGAUGAGACCACUGGUUUAUUCAUCCACGAUGUUGAAGAACUGCCCGAGCAGGACAUGGAUGAUCAGAUAAACAACACUGGUGGUCAUGGUGUGAUCCACCGAGAGCUUGAUGAGGGCGAACCCGAAGCCAACGAAGAUAUCCCGUACAUCGAGGCUGCCAAGGCAUUUAUGCAACUCAUUCUGUCUAACACAAUGAGCGAGUACCGGAAUUUGAGAAAGAAUGGUGUUCCUUGCCCUCAAUGCCAAGAUGAUGACACAAUUAGCCAGGAACUCAAGGUAUUUGACACCGGUGUGCCCAGCCAAUCCUACUAAUACCUAGCCAGAAUAAGAGGUACUACGAUGUCACUCACCUCUAUGAUCACGAAAGAUCCAAG